CUCUGAAGCCUGAAUAAAUCAAAGCCACCCCCAAAAUAACAAAGUUUGUAGUUUUCGAUUCCCUUUCUUUUUCUUGUUGAUUUCUCUCUUUCUCUCUUUGAUUUUCCUUCCCUCCAAUCGCCAUCUCUAUUCUCGUCGUUUAUACCUUCGGAUUUUUUUCUCACUGCUCUCUUUGGUUGACGAUCGAUGUUCUUUCAUUGGACAAGUUUGUGAGUUUCAAAUUGACAAGGGAUUGAUUUUUUCCGUUUCCGGAGGUUGAUUUUCCCGGGGAAGUUUGCCUCCUUUUUCCACCUCUUUCUCUCGACUUCCGCUGAACUUUUCUAUGUGAUUGAAUGAUCCAGGAGGAAUUUAUAUAACUGGUAGCUGGAGUCAGAAGUGAAAGGAGGGAAAAUUUAAGAGGAUAUGCAGUGUUCAAGAGAGAAUCAGAAUUUUAUUUAUUUUUCAUUAUUUAGCGUAGAUUCUUUUUUUAACUUUUAGUAUAUAAUUAAGUUGCUUGAAUUUGAAUGAAUAUAUUGCCACAUGGAGUCAGAAAUAUUUUCGCCUCCAAGAGAUUUGGUAAAAUGUUGUAAUUGCAGUUGUACUACCUGUGCUUUGAUUGGUGCUCCUUCGAAUGCCUGGUUUCGGUCUGUGAAGCGAAAAUAUGAUGAGUUUGAGACUGGAAGCAACUUUUAUGUUCCAGGGCUUGAUCUUUAUUCGAAUGCCCGAGUCCAAAUUGAGAAUGAAUGUGCUGCUUUGCGGGAGACAGUCAGCAGCCAACAAACAACAAUACAGGAUUUGUUUUCAGAAUUGGAGGAAGAGAGAGGCGCCUCAUCUUCAGCCGCAACUGAGGCCAUGUCGAUGAUAUUGAAGUUGCAGAGCGAGAAGGCGGAGAUUGAAAUGGAGGCCAGGCAAUUCAAGCGUUUUGCCGAGGAGAAAAUGUUGCAUGACCAACAGGAGAUAGAGGUUUUGGAGGAUCUGUUGUAUAAGAGAGAGCAGACUAUUCAAGCUUUAACCUGUGAAGCACAGGCAUACAAGCAUAGGAUGUUGAGUUAUGGGUUUACAGAGGAAGAGGUUGAAGGUGAGAAGGAUGGACAGACGUGGCAGCCUAGUGUGGCUGAGGACUUCGAGGACGAAGCUGAUCUUCCUGCAUAUGAUUAUCCUCCUCUGAAGUGUAAUUUGAAUGAGAAUCCUGGUAAUGAUGUCGAUGAUGUUGAAGACGUUGAAAAAUAUGCAUUUAGUGAGACCCCUCGUGCCCGAGAACGCUUGAGGAAUCUGGAAGAAAGGAUCUCCCAAAUGGAGAGGAAUCCCAGCGGCAGCCAGCUGGAUGGAGAGAUUUCUGGAACAAGGAAUGUUUAUGAGAAGGUGGUAGUCGGCGACUCUCCUAGGCGACCAAGACAUUCCAGGAGGCAUUCAGCUGAUAGUACAAAUUCGUUCUUUUCUAGGGAAAUGGGAUCAGAGUUUAUCAGUGAUUCCCCAAGGUUUAACUUUGGCUCGCCCAGGUAUAAUACUAGCUUCAAGAAAAUGAAGUUAGUUUCUGAAAUGGACGAGAUGUCUACCACACAAAGAAUGGAUGUAUCAGAAGUUGGAGAUGAUAUGAAUGACAGAGUUUAUACAAUUGAUUCUGUCCAUAAUGAGGUGCCAUAUAAUGGAACUGCUGAGCACAAACAUGGACUUGGAAUUUCUGAUAACUAUGAAUCCACUCCAAGUGAGAUAUUCAAUCAACCUGAUGUUUGUGAUCUUGAUAUCAAGAAGCUCUACAUGAGACUUCAGAACCUUGAGGCUGACAGGGAAUCAAUGAGACAAGCACUGCUCUCUAUGCGAACUGACAAAGCUCAGUUGGUAUUAUUGAAAGAAAUAGCUCAACAUUUGUGCAAAGAAAUGUCACCAGUAAAACAAGUGGCUGUGAAGCCAUCUGUUCUUGGAAGCCUCUUCAAGUGGAUUUCAUCUUCUAUUUCUUGGAGGCGGAGAGCUCGCCGAAGCCAGUACCUAUAUGGAUUGUCACUGAACAACACUGGCUUGCUAAUGGUUUUAGACCAAGGGCCUCGACUUAGGCAGUGGAGAUGCCUUUCAAGCACACAAGUGUCAAAGAAUGUGAAAUUCACUCGGAUAUGUAGAUGAAGCCUAUAAUCAUAACUGUGAAUGUUGAAUGGGUUGGUUGAAGCUAUCAUGUGUUGGCUUAGCAUCCAGUUUUGGACGACAACAGAGUUUGGUAUAUUGUGCAGUGUUCUUUUAUUUGAGUUGUUUUUUUAUUUCUUUUAAUUUUUCGGGAUUGAAUACAUGGUCGAUGAGCAAACCAUGGAUGGUUGUGAGCAUAUAGUUUUUUGGGUUUCCGUUUGAGGUAUUUUGGGCAUAGGCUCUCUUUUAUAUUUCAGAUUCAUGUAAAGCAGUUUUAUCCUGUUUAUAAUUCAAGCAAUUGGUUAUUUCC